AUGUUGGCUUACAUCGGUGUUGUUAUCGUCGUUUUGCCGACAUCAUUAUGGCUGUAUUCAAGGAUUUCCUCUAAAAAACCACAAAUCUAUGCAAAAGCGGAUGGGUCCCUUUUGGUUAGAGUCAAGAAGAAUGUGCCAGCUCUGCAAAAAGUCUAUAGAAUACCAUGGUGGUGUCCAUUUGGCGAUGCGCAAACGAUCGUAAAUGGUGCGUUGAGGAAAUGUCCGACAUUGCCAUUUGUCAGGGAAGUAAUUGAAUUUGCCGAUGGAGGUGCUUUGGGUAUCGAUUGGCUCUAUGCGGAUGACUGCAAGGACGAUGCACCCAUAAUUCUUUUCUUACCAGGAAUUACAGGAUCGACUCGAGAUUGUGCAUAUAUAUUGUAUCCAGCUCAAGAAAUGUAUGCUCGUAAAUGGAGAGUACUAGUGUAUAACCCACGUGGGCUUGGAGGAGUCCAGUUACGAAAUAAAAUAGCUUACAACUCUGCGCGGCAUGACGAUGUUGCUGAAGUUAUACAACGGGUUUCUUCGAGAUAUCCCAGGGCAAAGAUCAUUGGUUGUGGUUUCAGCAUGGGAGGGAUGGUGCUGUGGAAUUAUCUGGCAACACGUACUGCGGAAUCAGCUGUGUUGUCCGGUGCGAUGAUUGUAUCAGCUCCUUUCGAUCCCUUAUCUACGACAACUUCCCUGGAGGUAAGCUUCUUUGCGAAGCACGUGUAUAAUCGCCAUCUUACGAAGAAACUUGUGAAAAAGAUACCCGUUCCUACUCUCUGUUUGAAUGCUGAUGACGACUGCUUCAGCCCACGCGAAGCAAUCCCCACCGAAGAGAUGAAGGAAAGCGAAACGGUCGUGGGUGUGGUCACACGUGGUGGCGGCCACACGGCAUUCCUACAGGGUGCGAAUCCCAACAAGGGCAGUUUGGUCGAUCAGAUUCUGGUAGAAUGGGCGAACAUGCUCACUAAUGAUCUCCAU